CAGGGUCCAUUUCUAACCCUGGCAAAUGUAAGCGUUUGCUACUUAAGACUUGGGGUCAGAUCAAUUCUGUCCCUCAUGUCUAUAGGAAAAGGCAUUUUCUUCAUAAACUGACGGUUCAGAUCAUCAUGCCUGUCGACCUUGAUAAAGAGAGACAACAGUGCUUAGAAGCACGAGGAGAGUGUCUGGACCUGGGAAAGAAGAUCAGCGUUCCUCAGGAUGUAAUGAUGGAGGAGCUGAACCUGCACUCAAACAGGGGGUCCAGAAUGUUCCAAGAGAGACAAAAGAGAGUGGAGAAGUUCACGCUAGAAGGUGUCGGAAAGCGAGCUGACAACCAAAGCGAGACACUAUGUAAUGAGGCUACAGAAGGGCUGACAGAUAGAGCUCACUGCAGCACAAAGGUCAGUCCACCAGAGAGAAACAACCUGCUGGCUACACUCCGUCACACUGUAGCCAAAAAGGGAAGUUCAAGCGUUCUUGCACCAGGAUAUUCAGGGCCCCUGAAAGAAAUUCCCCCUGAGAAGUUCAAUUUUACUGUAAUCCCCAAGUCCUACUGCUCACCAUGGGAAGAACAGAGCGACAAUGAAACCUUGCUGGCUGCCAUUAACUCUCAACUGCCUGAACCUCCUCACAAACUCGUUCCUGCUAACUACAGAUGCUUCAACAGAGCUCCAAUGCCAUUUGGAGGAACAACAGGUAGCACCCGGACUCUGCCUCUGCCUGGCUUUGAACUCAUGCAGGCCUACACAGAGCCAAACCUCACCUGGGAGAGAAUGUGUGAUCGGCCCAACUUUAACCGCACACCGAGAGGCUGGAAAGCUUAAAGCACUGCCGAGACCUUGGAACUAUAAAGCAGGAAUAGUGAAGAGCUGCAUUUCAAACAUCUCUGGGCACUCGCUGUACGCACACUUCAUCAGCAUGCAUGAAACUCAUCAUAUAAACUGCAAACUGAGCCAACACACACAAUAUUUUCUAAUCAAGGUUUACAUCUAGCUACAAUUGUACAGUUAUCCGUUUUAAAAGAGAUGACAUUAAAAUGGAACAAGACAAACAAUA